GUCGUGUUUGCUCCUGGCUCAGCGCUUCCUCCGCUCCAUUGCUUCUCUGCGCUUCUGUUCUCGUCUCGUCUCGCCUCGCCUCUCCUCCCUUUCCUCCCUCUCCUCCCUCUGCUCGCGUCGAGGCUGGCGAUUGGGUCCCGAAUUUUGGGUUCAGCACUAGUCGCUCGCGCUCGGCCCACUGUACUUUGUCGUGCUCUCUUUUUCUCUCGCUCGGCUCGGCCUCAUCCUGCGCUCGGCUUCUCUUAAACUCUCGGCUCCUCUCGAGGCUCAGCACUUGUGAGCUCUGCGGUGGGGUGCUAGCUGCCUGCAUUCGGGUGGUCAGUGGCUCGGUCCACCAGCCAGCCUCGCUCGUCAGGUCCCGUUUCUUCUCGAGGUGUGGUUCUGUGAGUUGUGCACGAUCCGGUGUUGCGCUCUUCUCGUCUCGCGAAGGAAGAGUGGCAAGGAGAAGAAGAGGAGGACGGAGGAGCUAGUGCUGCGGUUCACACGUCUAGGUUGCUUGCUUGCUCGUUCGCCAAGAGGUCGUGAAGAAGCUGUGGGCGAUGAGCAUUGAAGCGACAGUUUGACUUGGCUCGAGAGUGUUUUCUUUGAGGCGUUCGGAGUGUGUGCGGAACGCGAGAGUGGAGUAGGCUCCUUGCAAGGAGUUUUGGAGAGGCGAGAGUGAGGUCGCUAGCGCCGUAGGCUUUGGUGGCGGAUUCGAUCAAUCUUUUCAGGUGGUAAAGUGCGUCGUGAGAAUUUAGUCGAGAGAAUGCCUGGGACCGUGAUUCCGAAGGGCGUUGACAGGAUUAUGAGGAGGGUGCAAAGUCUGACCAGGAAGAGCCCUCCCACCGAGACCCAUUCGGACGGGGAGUACUCGAGCACGAAUAAGCUGAAAUCGAGCAAGAGCUCGAGAAAAUUCAGCGCCUUCGCCGUGAGCAGGUCCAAAUCGAUGUCACGAAUGGACGCCCUGCCCGGGGACAUCCCGCAGGGGUGCCUGGCCGUGUACGUGGGGCAGGAGAGAAAGCGCUUCGUCAUCAGCACGAAGUAUCUGAGCCACGAGCUCUUCAAGGGCCUCCUGAAGCGAUCCGAGGAGGAGUUCGGGUUCAAUCACCAGGGCGGGCUCACAAUUGCCUGCGAUCCCGUGCUCUUCGAGCACCUUCUGUGGCUCAUCGGCACCGACAACCCCGCCGCUCGCACCACCAAGCUCGAGGAGCUGCUGGACUUCUACGCAUUCUGAGCACGAAUCGAUCGACACCACUCCAUCCCCAGCAGCAGCAGCUGCAGCUGCACUCCAUCAAUCCUUCUGAAGAGCUUUCCACUCUCCUCUACUCUACAUUCAUACGGAUCUCGGCCAUUUUUUUCCCGACGGCGGCACAGCCUGCGACGGCGCCCGGACGCCGGCGGGGUUCUUUUCUUGUGAAUUGUUCUAUCGGCUUCCGUUUCCCGACUUUUUGCGCACGACGGCGGGCGGACGGCCACGACGGAGUCCAGCAACCCUACUACCCUUACGGAGAUGAAUCGCCAGUACGAGAGCCGGUUCUUCUUAUGCCGGAUACAGAUUGUAUAGUAUCUAAAGUAGUACGAUAGGAGCCUUUAAAAGAUGCGGGAGCUGUCAGCCGGUCGCCAAUGUAAAGGACAGCGCUCCCGUGGCCCAUCGGCGGCAGUCUCAAGAGCUGUGAUAGAAAGUUAGGCCGGAAUCUGCCGCCGGUGGCCAACGUGUAUAUUAGCUUUACUUGCCGGGCAGUCAUAUUAUGGGUCGUGAACCCUCCGGAGCCCUCUACAGAGAGACAGCGUUCCGACCCGCAACGAGGGUCGUCGGACGGCGCACCGGGCCUGCCCCACGCAACCACAGUCGGCGCCCGGUCGCUUCCGCAGAACCCCGAGCUUUACAACCAUGUACCAUAUCAAUGUCUGCACUUAACGAUGUGAACAAAGUUUGGGUUCCUUAUCAACGCC